AUGACACCUUCCGAAGGUGGCAAUAGCUCCUUGGUGACACCUCUUGAGAUGGGAUUUUAUGAUGAUCUAUUUGCUACAUGUGAUUAUUAUUUCGAGAAAAUUGCGGUGAAAGAUUCUUCCUAUGAAGAAUAUGAUGAAAAUACCGAUGAAUAUCACUUUAUCAAAGAUUGUCAACAAUAUGAUAAAGAUACGGCAGUAAAAAAAUUAUAUAUUUAUGCCAACAGAAAGUGGGAAUGGAGCAAUAUUAACAUGGAAAAAGAUGAAAUUAUUUAUGAAUUAAUUCGAAAACGUAUUUGGAAUGAAUAUGGAAUGAAAUAUUGUUUAAAUGAAUUUACAUUUGUUGAUGGUGACGAUGUUUUACAAGGAUUAAAUGUAUAUGUCUUAAAAUUAAUUGAAGAUUUAUCAAAAACGAUUUAUUUCGGUCUUAAUGGUGCUUAUUAUUAUUAUGAAUUCAUAUGA